CGGCGGGGCGGGGUUUUCGCGGCCGCCCGUUCGUUGAGGGGUCGGGAGCCCAGCGGGACGGGGGGCCAUGACGGCCGAGUCGCCGCAGCAGGCCCGGGAGGGGGCCGCCGCCGCCGCCGCCGCCGAGAGCCAGGCGAGGAACUCUGGCGUGCUUGUGAACCAGCUGAGAGAGAUCACUGGAAUUCACGAUCCUUUAGCUCUUCACGAAACCCUGAAAGCUGCCAAUUGGGAUUUAAGGGAGGCUGUUGAAAUGCUCACGGAGGGUCAUGCGAAAGAUUCAGGCCCGCCUGAUUGUGCUGCAGAAUCAUCUGGCUAUGAAGGGAGCGCUGUUCACAAACAACAAGCAACCGGUACUGUUGAUUCCGUGGCUCAUAACGAAGCUGAUCUGCAGAAAGCCAUCCCAUUGAGAAUCCAGGAGUAUCCUACUCUUCACGUCAUACUAAGGAAUCCUAAUGCAACAGAGAAUGGAGCUCACGAGUCAUGUGUGAAUGAAAGUACAAACCGUUCCAAAAGAAAGCGAUGUGAGGUUUGGGGAGAGAACCUCAGCCAGAACGGGUGGAGAAGGGUGAACUACUGGCCAGUAGGAAUGAAAAACAUUGGAAAUACUUGCUGGUUCAGUGCUGUCAUACAGUCUCUUUUCCACUUGACAGAAUUCCGACAGCUGGUCCUUGGCUACUCCCUUCCAGAAAGCGUACUUGAAAAUUGUGUAUGCCGCAGUAAAAAGAGGAACAUUGCGUUUAUGCAGGAACUCCAGUGUCUCUUCGCUUUAAUGUUGGGAACGAUCCGCAAAUUUGUAGACCCCACAGCAGCACUUGAACUUCUGAGGGGUGCGUUCAGAUCUCCUGAUGAGCAGCAGCAAGAUGUGAGCGAGUUCACGCACAAACUCCUGGACUGGCUGGAGGAUACUUUCCAGUUAGCUGUGGACAUCAACAGUACCCCUCAGGACAAGUCUGAAAACCCAAUGGUUCAGCUUUUUUAUGGGACUUAUUUAACUGAAGGAAUUCAUGAAGGCAAGACCUUCUCCAAAAUCGAGACCUUUGGCCAGUAUCCCCUGCAGGUGAACGGUUAUAAGAACUUGAACGAGUGCUUGGAAGGAGCCAUGGUGGAGCGGGAGGCCGAAUCGCCGCCAUCUGAUCAGUCGGUGAAAUAUGGGCAAGAGCGCUGGUUCACAAAACUCCCUCCAGUGCUGACCUUUGAACUUUCCCGGUUUGAGUUCAAUCAGUCACUUGGACAGCCAGAGAAGAUACACAACAAGUUAGAAUUCUCACAAGUAAUUUAUAUGGACAGGUUCCUGUACAGCAACAAAGAAUUUAUUCAGAGCAGAAGAGAAGAAAUCACGAAGCUGAAGGAUCAGGUAACGCUUCUGCAGCAGAAACUGGAAAGAUAUAUGAAAUAUGGAUCCGGUGAAGAUCGCUUCCCGUUGCGGGAGAUGCUUCUGUAUGUUCUUGAGUUUGCAAGCACAAGGCCUCCAGCCGCAGAACCCCAGGCCAAAGGCUGCACUUCAGGAGAGGCUCCCAUGCAUGGCAGGGUGACAAUAACACAAACUACUGAAAAUGGCGAAAAUCCUGUAGCUGUUUCUUGCCCAGAACAAGUACACAGACCCUCCCCGUUCUCCUGGGAACCUGCAGAGGUGCCAGAGUAUCCAGCUCCCCGGGUGGGGACAGAGGAUGAGAUGCAUCUCGUCAUGACCUGCCUGCAGCGGUGGAGGAAAGAGGUGGAGCAGGACAUUCAAGGCCUGCAGAACUCCAUGGUCCUACUUGCGGAGUCCAUUGAGCUGAUGUAUGUGGAUCAUUCCCUCAAUCAGGUCCCUUACCACUUGCAUGCUGUCCUUGUCCACGAAGGCGAGGCCAACGCUGGCCACUACUGGGCCUACAUCUACAACCAACCGCAGAAGACCUGGCUCAGGUAUAACGACAUCUCUGUGACGGAGGCCUCCUGGGAAGAGGUGGAGAGGGACUCCUUUGGAGGCCUGAAGAACACAAGUGCCUACUGCCUGAUGUACAUUAACGAAGCGCUCUUCCGUUCUGCUGCAGAUGAGGACGACGGUGGGCACUUCGAGAGGGAAGCGGAAACUCUGAGGUCAGAACUGCAGCAAUACAUCCAAGAGAACAACUGGCGGGUUGAGCAGGAAAUGGCGGAGUGGGCGGAGCAGCAGUCCUGCAAGAUCCCCCAGGUCGAGCCGCUGUCGUCGAUUGAUUCCCAAGAUCUGUCGACAGACUCUACCCAGGAUUCAUCUUCAACCUCUGAACACGCGGCAUGCCCUGCAUCCUUCGAUCACGCUGUGAUCUCUAUGGACCAGACCUCUCAAGCCAUUGCCAACACAGCUGAUGCCUAUAUGAAGAGCGGAGGGGAGGCAGCUCUCCACAAGUCUCCCCUUCUCACCCUGCCACAGUCUGAGGAGGCAGAACCAGCAAAGGAAUUCCUGGAAGAAGCCAACCCACCUCCAGCUCAGGCAGAAGAGGAGCAGGAUGCGGUGGGGCUGGCACCUGCUGCCCCUGCCCCACCCAGCUCUCAGGUCUCUGAAGUGGAGAUCCCCAGUGUGGGCAAGAUUCUAGUUAGGUCGGACGCGGAUGGCUAUAAUGAGGAGGUGAUGCUCAGUCCCGCCAUGCAGGGCGUGAUCCUGGCUAUAGCUAAAGCCCGCCAGGCCUUUGACCGGGAUGGGUCUGAAGCAGGGCUCGUUAAGGCAUUCCAUGAAGAAUAUUCCCGACUGUAUCUGCUCUCCAGAGAGACUCCCACUCCACAGAGUGACCCUCGGCUUCAACAUGUUCUAGUUUACCUCUUGCAGAACAAUGCUCCCAAGCGAGUGGUGGAGCGGACUCUUCUGGAGCAGUUUGCAGACAAAAACCUCAGCUUCGAUGAAAGAUCGAUUAGCAUUAUGAAAGUUGCACGAGCCAAGCUGAAAGACAUGGGUCCUGAGGACAUCGACAUGGACGAGUACAAGAAAUGGCACGAGGACUACAGUUUGUUUCGCAAGGUGUCUGUUUACCUGCUGACGGGCUUGGAGCUGUACCAGAAUGAAAAGUAUUGUGAGUCCCUGACCUACCUAGUGUAUGCUUAUGAGAGCAAUACGACCCUGCUGAGGAAGGGACCCAACAGAGGAGUGGAUGAAGCUUUGAUUGCUCUCUACAGAAGGAAGUGUCUCUUGAGGUUGAACGAUGCUGCGGCAACGCUUUUUGAAAGCUGCAACGAAGUGUAUGUGGCCGAGGGCGUGAACCACUUGAACGAGCUGAUCAUCCCAUGCAUGCACCUCAUCACAAGCAACGACAUCUCUCGGGAUGACCUGGAUGCCAUUGAGAUCAUGAGAAGCCGUUGGUGUUCCUACCUGGGAAAAGAUAUGGACGAGGACUUGCAGUUGAAGCUGAGCGAGCUGCUGCCCCGUCUGCUGGACUGCUCUUCAGAGGGAGUCAUUCUGAAGGAGCCGCCCAAGAUCCGUCCCAACUCGCCCUACGACCUCUGCAGCCGAUUUGCAGCCGUGAUGGAGUCCAUCCACAGGGCCUCCACUGUGACAGUCAGCUAAACUGCAGGCUCAUACUGUAUGGAGCGUUGGAGGCUACAGAUCCCCCACAUCUGGAGCUCACCUACUCCCCAUUUUCAGGAUUGUGUAGGGAGGGAAGAGACGACGCCUGUUGGGACAACCGACAUCUGGGUUGAACAGAAAACUCGCCUGGGAAAGGGCUGAGAAGACUAUGGUGCUGCUGCUUUUAAAUGUGCACUCAGUGAGGGCAUGCACCAGUAUUUCACAGCAUGUCCUUGCCUAGAAUACUGUUUGCCUUUUUUUAUUCCUGCAAGAACCUGCAAGUUUCAAAUGAAAUACUGCACACCCUACACAUGAUCUCCCCAAUUUCUAUUUCAGUUGUACAUGAUGUUCAUCAUAAGUAAAGUACUUACUCCCUUUAGGAAUUCCACACACACACACUCCACUUCAUUUCAGUGAACUUGGCACACGCACUGGUUGGCUUUGCAUGCACCGUUCGCAUAUGACAGGUAACCAGUGAACCCUGCGUGCAGAUGGGCCCGUGCAUGCCGUGUGGCCAUUGUCAGUGAGGAAUGGGGAUAAGUGCUCUACUCAUGCCUUGCAUACAUGCUCCAUGAGAUCAGAGCAGGAUCUGGUUCCCUUAUUUUCUGCAAAAGUCAUGGAAUGGGAUGUAUGUUCACAUUUCUUUUUCAGUGGGUUCAAACACUGUAGAUUGUGGACAGAAGUUCUGCCAGUGUUUCCUCUGACAGAACUUGGGCAUCAGGGAGAAGGAACCGGCAGCCUCUGUUGUGAGCAAUGUUUGUUUAAACCCGAUGCACUCCAUCCAGCACAGCGGUGGCUUUUGCCCCAGGUGAAAUGUGGACGGUGCCAAGAUUGUGCGCGGGCAGGAGCAUUGAAGUCAUUCCAGUGCUUGGGUUGAGGUGGAAACCACUGCUCGGAGGGGGGAAAAAACCUGACACCUCAAAAUAUUUCCUUCCAUGUCAGUCACGGCAUUUAAUGACUAGGGUAGCAUCUGAGACACACUGUGUAUUGCAGUCCAGUAUGAAACCUUCUCUUUUAACAGUGUGCACUUUCUGAAGCACAGCAUCUUCCAGUCUGUUUUUAAAUGGCCUUUGUUUUAUUGGAAUUCUGAUGACAAAUCAGGGUGUAAAUGGGAGUAUUUGUAUUUGAUGAGCCUUUUCAAUAAUUAAAGUGCAAUAAUAUUUUGCCCUAUUUAAACA